AUGUCCAAAUUGCCAAAAACACCAACUUUAAAUAAACUACCAGGCCCUAUAACCACCUUGCAAGACUUACGCUCUAAGUUAGGUAUCGAUGGCCGUGUCUUGAGGCUUCCAAUCAAUGAUUGGAGAAAUAUUGAGGCAAUAGCGAAUGAUCAUCUCUUGCAGAAUAUUGAAAACGAAAAUCCAAACACUGCCUUCGAAACAAUAGCGUCAAAUCUGAAGAAAUUAGAAAAUCACCACCCAGAUACAAAUUCUAUGGAAUCAGUCUUAUUAAAGGAGUAUGCAAGAAGAGUAGUUAAAUAUAUGAGAAAUGGUGAAGCCCGUGGAACAUUUAGAAGGGUCUUUAACAGCAAGCUCAAACUAAAAAAAGAGAUGAAUGAAAAGAAUGAUCUACGAUACCAAGAAAGAAUAAAUGCCCUAUUAGUGUCUCAAUAUGAGGCCAUAGCAUUACAAAAUGAAGAACGAAGCAAAAGAAAAAUAUGUAUUCGUGAAUAUUGUCGUAUUUGA